UAACAACAUCACCUGACAGUGGAAUGCGCGUGGACCAUGUCAUGUUCGACUACACUAAGACAGCGUGAUAUUGGUACGGCUCAAACUGUCACCAGACAUUGUUACACAUGAUCUCUGUGAUAUGGCUAAUCAUUGGGCGAUGUAACAACACAUGCCUCGGUGGACUGUGUCAGGAGGGACACCAUUGGACUCAAUACACUGUGCGACACUAGUACAUAUAUAUAUAUAUAUAUGAAUACGAAAUUAGUGUGGAUUAUUGUUGCUGAUGUAUAACUAUCGAAAAUGUCUCGGACCACAGAUCCGGAAUCCUGAUCAUAUAUUGCAUGAACACCCUCUGUUGAGCGAGAUCAGUUUGGCUGUGGACAUCAUUGACUUUACUUUCAGCAGUAUAACGAACAACAGGUCAUAGCGCUAGUAUUGUUUCAUCACCUACCUCCGUGAACAGGACUUGUAUGCACAAUCUGAACCCAAUAUGCCGUCGUUUUACACUUUAGAAAUAUAAUAAUGCAAAAUGAAUUGAAACGAAACUUUUACUAGAAUACUUUUUAAAUUUAUCUUUAUUAUUAUUCAUAUUAUUCAGUAUACUUUAAUAAGUGUAUAUACACACUGUUUAAAAAUGGGAGUGUAUAAGAUACCCCGGUAUACGAUAUGCAUGUGAUUAAGACUAUUUGUUCGCGGAGUAUUACUUGCAAUGCACUAGUGUAGGCAGGGGGUUAUUGGCGGUGUCACUUUCUGACGAGGACUGACACUUCCCUGCUACAGUCAUCGUAAAACACAUAUUUGUAUAAAUAUACAUUUAACCAUCAGACAACCUACCAGUGAUAACGAUAUGAUAUAUAUAUAUAUUGAUAAAAAUAUAUAUAAACGCUUCCAAGAAAACCAGUACCUAUAAUAGCAGCUCGUUGUUACGAAAGCUUGCUAACCUGCGCAUGAAUGAAAACUGAGGAAUUUAUCUCCGUGUGUUCGGCCGAGGUUAUGUUCUGACUGGAUUUGCCUUUUAAAAUGAUCACCCCUCCGAAGAUCAAGAAGUGGACAACGUAUGAUAUUUUCAACGUGAAGAAUGUUAUCCAGGACGAGGAUACGCAACGCAAGGCGCUCAACAAAGAGCGACUGAGAUGUGUCGGAUAUACCAUCCUCGACAGCAAAACCAAUACAACAGACGACUCCCUAAAAUGCCCGCGAAUCUGGGACGAUAUCAUGUGCUGGUCGCCAACAGACGCCGGUACUGUGGCGGUCCAGCCUUGUCCAAAGUACAUCGCCAAGUUCAACUAUUUACAGAAUACGACCAGGAUGUGCAUGCCAGACGGAACCUGGUUUAUGAAACCCGGAUCUAACACUUCAUGGACGAACUUCUCCGCAUGCCAACUUAGCAGCGACAAUGGCUGGACAGUCCCAAGGUCGUUCGCUAAACACAUGCAGGAGAUGCGCAUAAUGUACAAUAUAGGGUAUGGACUGUCAAUGACGUCACUGGUCGUAGCUGUCUUCAUCAUGAUUUACUUCAAGAAGCUGCACUGUUCCAGGAAUUCCAUCCACCUGAAUUUAUUCCUGUCUUUUAUCCUCCGAGGGGGUGUGUCCUUCGUAAAAGAAAACAUAUUGAUUGAAAGCGUGGGGUUCGCUUCGGACAUAAAGAAAGAACACGGUGGGAUUGUAUUUUUACCUGAUGUUUCGCAUUGGGAGUGUCGUUUGUUCUUCACCAUCUUUAACUACAUCAUAGCUGCGAGUUACAUGUGGAUAUUUGUGGAGGCCCUCUAUCUUCAGGUCAUUAUAUCCGUGGCAGUCUUCUCCGAGAAGGGGCGCCUUAAGUGGUUCAUGUCCCUGGGAUGGUUCUUUCCGCUGACUUUCAUCAUACCAUGGGCAAUCGUCAGAGCCACGGUAGACAAUGAAAACUGUUGGAAUACGUACUAUGACAAACCAUGGCUGAUAUGGAUUAUCUACGGACCAAUCACUGGCACCAUUGUCAUAAAUAUCUGCAUAUUCACUAACAUCGUACGAAUACUAUUUACCAAACUCAACUCGUCGCCUUGUCCUGAAACGAAGAAGUUUAGGUACAGGCGGUUAGCCAAGUCCACGCUGAUCCUUAUUCCACUGUUUGGCGUCCAUUACAUUGUGUUUACCUACGUUCCAUUCGGCAGCAUGGAUCAGCAGGCCAUCAUAUACAUGUUGUAUGUCGAAAUGUUCUGCAAUUCAUUCCAGGGAUUUUUGCUGGCCCUGCUGUUUUGUUUCCUCAAUUCAGAGGUCCAAUCGGAGCUAAAGAAGGCUUGGAGUAGACAUCAUUUCCGGAGAGCGGAGAGUUAUCGCACCAGAACGUCCUUCCUGUCACGUGUUAGUCGGUCACGUCAUCACCCUAGCAACGACGGCAUGAACGGGUCAAUUCAGUACACUGACAGAGUCAGUCCCAUGGAAAUGAAUCAGUGUCCGCCUAUAGUAGAGGAAAAAAUCCCAUUCACAAGUGAACUUUCCCAGGAAAGUGUUCUUGAAAACCCUUUGGAUAAUGGGUGGCCAAAGAAUGAUGAAGUUGACCCGUGUUUGAAUAAUAACCACACACUUGAGUGCCAACAGACGGACAACAUAGUUGAAGAUGGGUGUAAAGGGAGGUAACCCAAUGAAACAUUCAACCUCGCGAAAGUGAGGAAUUGUGUCAUGUUCCAUCAAAAUGCGUUAACGGUACUAGAAUUAGAAAGACAAAUCGACGUUUGUGAUAUAAAGGAAUCGUAUACCGAAAGUCAUGCGUUAUAUUCAGGCAGUAUUGUGAGGUAUGGUCCUAUUGUUGAGCGAAAAUUUAAUUGGCAGCAAAGUACAUUGGAUCAUAUGGUUGAAUAUAAAUGCGAAUGAAAUGAAUGCGAAAAGGAGACAAAUGAAAAAUACUCGCGCUUGCGUAUGCAAUGGAAAGAAGACGCCAAUGAAAUGAGUUACAUAUUUAAUGAGUAACCAAACGAUUGUACGAAUGGAAUGAAAUCUAGUGCAUAGUGAUACAACGACAAGUGAUGACAGAAUAAAUAGAUCUACCAGUGGAACAAGUCACAGAGGUUACGGUCAUACCAAUGAAGCCAUAUAAAUGGUGGAAGUUAUAAAGUCAUUAUACAAACAGAACGCAUCGUCUACGCAUUAUAAUAUCAAUAGUGAGUCAUUGUAGAUUUAACUGAAGAUAGUUUUAUAAAAAAAACUGUGCAACGAAAUUUCAAAUAGCAGUAGUUUCCAGAUGGAUGUGGUCAAUCUUUAAAGUCAGUUUAGAUUUAUAGAAAGCUGUUACUAUUGUUCCUGUUGCAUAUUGUCGGUUAUAAUUGAAAACAUAAACGUGCUUACUAAAUUUGACAUGGCUGCCUUAUAUUGGAAACAUAAGUAAUAACGAAGGAAGAACAAACAACUACUGAUUUGGGAAAAGGAAAAUAUGUCAUUCAGAAAAAGUCAGUUAACAGCUAAUGAAGCUUAACAUCUCUGAAUCACUGAAGUCGUCUUCGUUCACAUGAAACGUGAGCAUAUAUGUGGAGCAUGAUAAGCAACGACUUGAAAGGACUACAGAGGAAGCGCAAUCAAAACAAUGCUUCUUAAUUUGAGCAGAACAGAACAGGAAUCAUGCAUCUUUGUUCAAGCGUUGAGAAAGGCGAAAAAAUGAUUGAAAACCAAGCAAAAUGUUUUGGUUCUUCUGUCGUUCUUUCAAAGAUGAGUCAAAAACAAAAUAUGUUAAUGUCUCAUUCAAAUUCAGGAUUUAAAGUGUACAAAUUUCACCAUCAACAUAAUCUGGAAACGUUCGUCAAAUGUUUAAGUCCACACAAGUCUACAUCGGGAUACCGUUUGCGAUGUGGAGUGUAAUGAGAUUAUAAAAUAAGGAAGUGACUGCAUUUCACGGAAAAACAUAGAUGUUUGGUGCAUGUACAGUGACAUGAAUGUAGGAUUCCGACUAGGAAUUGUAAAAGAAAGGAAACGACUGAGGUUACAUGAAUGCGUGAUUCCAACUAAGCAGUUGUUGCAAAAUGAAUACUGGCUACAAAGAAUUGGCAUGUCAAUAGGGACAAAAUUAACCCUGAAUUCCGUAUCAUAAUAGCAGUGCCACAGUAUAUCUGGCAUGUACCUGGUCUUAAGUGAAGGACAAUGCUCGUUCGGAUUGUCUCGGGUUCGACGGUUGGACCAGGUUAUAUUCUAAUUACAUACUGACACCUUACUGCUGUUUGAUGUUAUAUUGUAACAUUUUACUUUAAGAGGGGACAGUGACCAAAGAAAGAGCAUGUUCAAGGAUAACAUUUAUAUCUAUAUAAUUUGAUGUUUAUAUUUGGAAAAAUCAAUGUUGUCCUUGAGCAAACGGUUUUAUAUAAGUGCUUCAGAAUGACAACGGAGUGGUAUUUAUGUUGCCACACAAAAGACUUGUGACAUUAUGAAUCAACAUUUAAAUAAUGUGUCACUAUUGGAUAAAAUAACACCAUACUGGAAGUACAUAUCAAAUCAUUUUUAAAUGAGUUUCCUUCAUUAAUUGAUCAUAUAUUCCAUAAGAGCGCUUGAUAUCUAUAAAUAAAACCUUUUAAUAUUUUUAUUACAGCUAAAAAAGAAAUUUUACAUCCCGUUUAUCUUAGCCCUUGAACGAACUAAACUAGGAACGAAAAUGUUGAAUUUUUAAAAAGAUUAGAGGGAUUUUUUUGUGUUUAUUUAUAUCAUCCAUGUGUCGUAUUUUUUUCACAUUUAAGUGCGUACGGUAGAAUCUCGUUAAUUUGAUCUCCAAAAUUCCGGACAAAAUUUCGAAUUCAUAUUUCGGAACCAUGUUUCAUAAAUAGUUCUAAAAUUAAGAAUUCCUUCGAUAUAGGAAGGCUUACUGGGUUGAUGAAAGCUUCUUUAAAUUUUGACUUUUUCUUAACUCAAGUUGUGUUUUCCUAUGGAUAAACUUGAGUUAAGAGGCGUUAGAGAAACUUGCGGCCCGAGUACAUUUCAUGAUUUAUUAAUCAAUCGUUGUGUAAGUAACAAAAGUAUGGGUCUUUCGGACCAUAACAGAGAAUUGCAGAAUAAUUCACGAUCAUUCGGUAUGGAUUGCACUUGUACAACUUUUUUUUCCAUCCAAAUAGAAUUUUUAAUUUCUGUAUCAAACUUUUCCAGCUUAACGAGAUUUUACUGUAUUCACCAUAACAGAAGUGUGAAAGAUUGGAACUCUGCAUUCAAACAUUCAUAUCAGAACCAUUCUGACAUAUUAGGCAAGAACUGAGAGUGAUAGAAGGCUUUCAAUAUAUCCCGUGGUUCCUAAAGCCAAUUAGAGCAUCAUGGGAGAUAACGGAAGGUAUUUAUCGGUUUACAUUUGCAUUCAUCUGCUUAUUAAAGACUUAAAUGGUUUAUCUGUAUGUGUAAUAUCUAUUUUUGAAGUGUAAUGUCAGUUCUUCAUAUUGUUAUAAAAUCAUGAACGAACUCAUCUUUAUUCUAUCAAUUAUCAGGUUUAACGUUUAUCUUUAAUACAAAGAUAUGUUACAUGAUCUUUCGUUUUAUACUGCUCCGUCACAUUGAGGCAUUUCAAAACGAAACCUCGUUUAACCGUUACUUCAGAUGCUUUUCUGUUUACUCCUGUAAAUGUAUUUGUUACAUUUUUUGUUUAUUAAUAACUGAUCAACGUUUAUAUAUUGUGUAUAUUUUUCAAUCUCGAUGUUUAUAUCUUUCAAUCAAUUACGUACGAUACACAUUUUUUUCACAAGUUCCAUCAAUAUACACAUGUAGCAUCGACCUGAACAUAUGUGUGGCAACGAUGUUCACAUGAGUUGAGUCCACAUUAUUUAGCAUCUAUGUAUCAAUCCAUUCACAAGGGUUUCAUUUAACAUUUGCAACAUGAUUCCACGUGAGUACCAUUGAUAUUCACUUGUCAAAAAGCACGUAGCAUGUGAUCUACACAUGUGUACUAUUUUUAUGUGUGAAAUCCUGCUGUUGCAAUGUCGUACAUAUGACUUCAAUCGCAACAUGUGUGUUAAAAACGUUAUUUUAUAACAUCAAUCUUCAAUUGUAUAGCAUCAACUUUCACAUGUUUAACAUCAAUUUUCAUUCAAUAUUCAAAUGACAUCAAUAUGCAUAUGGGAAACCUGAUGUUCCACAAUUUUAACAUCAAUUUUUACAUUGGAAACAUCAAUUUUCACAUUUUUAGCAUCAACAUUUUUCCUAUCCCUACAUGUGGUACACAUAUUUAAGCAUGUAUAUCUAGUAUUCUCAACAUCGCGUACAAGAAUGAAGAAUCUCUAAUUUCAAUAUCUGAAGCACAUUAUACAUUAUAAACGGUUUCAUCAUGGAUGCCUAUUUUUUCUGCAAACAUGUAUAAAACACCAGCUUCCGGUCAUUGUUGUUUGAUACUUAUAAAAAAUCCUCUUUUCUACGUAAAGAUAUUGUCAAUAUUUUCAAGGCAACAACAUUUACCAAUUGCAUUACAGGGCACGUAACAACAAUCACGUGGAAAUACAUUAAUUAUAGUACGUGUCGGAUGUUAUUCUUCGGUUGACUUCGAGCCAAAAACUAGUGAUAACGUGAAAUUUAUUAGACAAUUCAGUGAAUGAUAUUUCAAAAGGUUAAAAAAUGUCAGCAGAAUUUUUUGUAUUGGGAAUUGUACUGUUGCAAGUAUCAGUUUGUUUAUAUAUUGCGUAAAGUAGUACGAAUCCAACAGGCGUUCGUUUGUUCUAGUCUAAGGUCUAUAUUAGACCAUACCAUCCUCGUAAUUCCAGGGGUCACGCUCACUUACGUUUGCUUCACCUCUGGAAAAUAUCACGACAAAAUCGUUGGCAUGAGGUUAGCUAUUGGAUUAGUUUCAGGUUAAACUUUGACCAAUCGCUUAACUGAAACUUGUCCUUUAAAACUACAGAGGAACGACACUCAACUUAAAAGCCGGUCAAUUUUAAUGUUAGGCUGCCACGCGAUUCUUUUUAAGUACGUCAAAUGUGCAAGCUAACCUACUUGUAUCAACCUAAAGGUGGCACGCACAAGACCCUACGCUUUUGGCAUAAGAUAUUGAAGGGGCGCAGAGAAAUUAAGUAGACAUAACCUCAGGAAUUUCUAGGAUGGGGCCAUACUAUUGUACUAAGUUGUGAAACAUAAGUGGUAAACGAUGCAUGUCAUAAAGCGCCAAUCGGACGCAGAUGUCCACAUUCAUGUAAUCAUUAUGGCAUGAUGAACUAGUAUCAAGUAUAUUCGUGAAAGAAACGAAAUUCAAAAAUUUUGGUGAUGAUUCCAAUUUUUUUUUCUGUGGUACAUUUACUGAAAACUCAUUAUAUAUCGCGAGACAAUAUUUUUUUGGUGUUUGUUGAAUCAUGACUUUUUGCGUUUCUCGCUUUAUAUAUUUAAAUCAUAGUGUUUGUGAAAAUUAAGCGAAUUACAACUUUGUUCUAUCAUUUAUAUAUAUUUUUCUCUAUCGCAUUUUGUUCAUUGGUCAUGUCGGUGCUUAACAUAUUGUUAGUGACUUCUUAGUUUUUGAAUUAUAAAUUAACGUAUUUUUUGUUUACAUUUCUUUCGAUCCUAGAAACAACUUCAAAAUUUUUAACCGUGUACCGUCAGUCCGCAAACAAUCUACUGUGCUUAAGUUGGUGUCAGAUCUUUAAACAUUGUGAAUUGUCCGUGUUGUUCUUUACGAUUAAAAAAAUAAAAAAACAGAAUUAAUGUUCAUAUUCGAUCUUUAAAAUGGGUCUUUCUGUAAGAAAAAUCGACUCCUUUUUCAAAAACCCUUGCCUUGUUUUACAACAGUCGCAAAUACAUGUAUACCCCAGGAAAACACAAUUUGAAAAUUUGAACCGUGUACCAUCAAUCAUCCGCAAACAGUCUACUGUUCUUAGUUGGUGCCAGAUUUUUAAACAUUGUGAAUUGUCCGUGUUAUUCUUUACGAUU